AUGGAGAGGCUGGCGGCCUGGGAGCCGCAGGGCGUGGAUGCGCUGCGGCGCUUCCAAGGACUGCUGCUGGACCGCCGCGGCAGGCUGCACGGCCAAGUGCAGCGCCUGCGCGAAGUGGCCCGGAGGCUGGAGCGUCUGCGCCGGCGCUCCCUGGCGGCCAACGUGGCCGGCAGCUCUCUGAGCGCCGCGGGCGCCGUGGCCGCCAUCGUGGGGCUGUCACUCAGCCCGGUCACCCUGGGGGCCUCGCUCGUGGCCUCGGCCGUGGGCCUAGGGGUGGCCACCGCCGGAGGGGCGGUCACCAUCACGUCCGACCUCUCUCUGAUCUUCUGCAAUUCCCGGGAGGUGCGGAGGGUGCAGGAGAUCGCCGCCACCUGUCAGGACCAGAUGCGCGAGCUCCUGAGCUGCUUGGAGUUCUUCUGUCAGUGGCAGGGCCGCGGAGACCGCCAGCUGCUGCAGAGCGGGAGGGACGCCUCCAUGGCCCUUUACAACUCUGUGUACUUCAUCGUCUUCUUCGGCUCACGGGGCUUCCUCAUCCCCAGGCGUGCCGAGGGGGCCACCAAAGUCAGCCAGGCCGUGCUGAAGGCCAAGAUUCAGAAACUGUCUGAGAGCCUGGAGUCCUGCACCGGUGCCCUGGAUGAAUUUAGUGAGCAGUUGGAGUCCCGGGUCCGGCUCUGCAGCAAGGCCGGCCGCGGCCACAACCUCAGGAUCUCCGCUGAUCAGGAUGCCGCGUUGUUUUUCUAAGAACAUCCUUUACCUACAUGGGAUGUCCUAGAUCUGUAGCAUCCAAGGGGAAGUGCCACAUGGGUGGAGUGCAAAGGAUGACAGACACUGUUCUGGUGGGAUAUUGGUCUUCCACUCCUUGCGUGUGAGGGACUUUUUCACUUGUGGAAUCCCAAUGGAGUAUGUGACCCUAAACCACUCACUUUGGGGGGUGGAGGGCAAAAAUCCUUUUUGAGUGCACACAGCUAGGCAGACUCUCCCUUUUUAGAGUUAUGGGGGAGGGGACCUUGAUGGUUUGAGCUGGGGUCUGGAGAGGUGUCCUCCUCUGGGACCUCUGUAAGUUCUUACUAGAAUCCUGAGAUUCUCAAAAGGUUGGCCAGAGGAGACAUUUGCUUUACAACUUAGCCUCUACAGUUCCUGGUACACAGAACUCCAGAGUCCCAAACAAGAAAGACCCGCUCUUGUCUUGGUGAGGAUUGUAGACACAGACUGGGCCUCGGAGCUGACUCGGUCAGUUUAUCCACUCACAGACCCAGCCUGACUAUUGCAUAGACUUUUUUUUUUUUCCAGAGUUGCUUCACAUCUAUACCUGCAGGUACCCCGAGAAGGAAAGCCACCCCAAAAGAGUCACUUGAAUUCAAACCCACCUCCUCUGCUUCCACAAAGAAGCUGAGGGGAAAAUGAAGCCCCUAACGAUUUCCAUGGCUGACCUGGUAGCCUAGAGCCGAGAGCAACCGCCUUUGAGUUAAACAGUCCUGGAGCUAUUACAGGGUUUGUCACCAUGGUGUGACUUAACCACCUCACCUUGCUGAGACUUGGUUUGUUCAGUGGAGCAUGGACAGGGGUAAGAGCUCACCCUACUGUGAAGCCUUGAAACAAGAAUGACAAGCAGAGUCUAGGUCACAAAAUGUGGUUUCUGGCCUGGCUCCUGACUAUCACCUGGGAGCUUGUUGGAAAGGUAAACUGUUGGGCUUCAACAUAAAUGUUUCAGAUUUAUGAAAUCAGAAACUGUAGAUAUGAGAUCCAUCACUGCCUCAUUCUAAUGCCCCGUAACAUUUGAAAAUUGUGGCAAGAAAUAUUCAUUUCUAGCCAGGUGUGGUGGUAUAUACCUGUAA